CUUUGUGCACCCAGGCCAUGAUGGCGGAAUCGUUUGUUCAGAUUCUGUUCCUUUCCUACAUAAUUCUUCUCAGCGACUGGCACGACCAAGGCACGACGCCACUUGCUUGUUAGGAAAUUUUCUCCAGGUGAAAGUCAUUCAACUUCCGAGAGUUUCCUGGCAACAGGUCUUGACAAUCAGAAGUAUUUGUAACUUUUUCGGGUCAAAGCCUGGAACGAAGCUGAAGAGCGUAGCUUUUAUGUUGGCCGGCGUUUUGGCCUCGUCUUCGGUUGUUGGUAUAGGGGACGUCAUCCAGAGAGGUGGCCUGUAUCAUAGAAGACGGAAGACUCCCGCGGGUGUAACCAAAUGGCGGUGACGCGAGGAACUUUCAACGAAACCAACAACGUUGGUUUGAACCCAAUAUGCCAUUACUCUACACUUUUAUUACCAACCACCAACUAUGGUAUCCUCACCGUCGUCGCUCGCGUGGAUGAGCACCUCUCAGAGCUCGCCUGGAAGUCCCGGAGGACCGCGUUCCUCGAAGAAAGAUGCGUUCAGACCUAAUCUACCCCCAGAUCCGUUUAUUGGCAGUGAUUUGGAUAGUCAUCAACCCUGGGCAUUUCAGCACGAAGACUUGAAGCAGUUGCUCUCAGCUGAGCAGUUGGGCUGCAAAGUCAUUUUGAUUCUUGGUGAACCUUCCAGCAACGAUAUGGAUUCUCUAUUGGUUGCACCGUCAUUGCGAGACUCCCUUCUUCUCAUCGUAACAUCUUCCCCCCCACAAAGUCUCGUGAUAUCAGAACAAUCGCCAUCCGUCCUAAUACUACGGAUUCUGUCACCGAUAGCUCUACAAGAUUCCGUAGCACAUCAUCUACUUUCUAUCUUCCAGCGUGCGGAAGAGGUUGCACGUCGGUGGCGGAAAUUUCCCGAUGCAUUCACCAAACGCAGCCAGCUGCGCGAACAUUGCCCUGGCGGAGCAUUUACUGUAUUAGAAGACUACGGUUUUGCCUCAAACAACUCAGUUUCUAACCAUACUCGACCAGUGACCCCUCCGCCUAAAUCGGUUCCUGCACCUUUCGUCAAGCGCAAUCCAUCCUCUCGUCUCGGGAGUUCUUUCGAUGCCCUCAUCAACUUCGUGCCGUCUUCGUUCUCUGAUAAAGCGAUAAUAAAACACAUUGUUCUUCUUACGACACUUUCUCAAACGUUUCUCGUUCCCACACAGUGGACUUCGACGCAAACUGUCCGGUACCCAACCACCUCUCAAUCUCAACCUACCUCUCGAGCAGCAUCUCCGACAUACAAACGUAACAGUCUAAACAUAUCGUCGUUUGCGAGGCAAUUCCCAUCCUUGUUAACCUCAUCUAACAUCUCCUUACCUGAACCUGAAUCCACGGCAGUCGCCAAUCAAACCCGCUCGUCCUCCCAUCCUGCUAUAAAGACAUUAUCGCAUUCCCAUUCCGUGCCUGCUCCACCGUCAAGUUUUACUACUACAAGUUCUCUCCUUUCAGAACCUAAAUCGAUCAGGCCACAUAUAAUCCACGUCUUGCCUUCGAGUGUUCCGACGCACACGCUCCUUCCCCGAAACCAAAGUUCGUCACCGGCCCCAUUCGGUCCCUCUGUCUUACAGCCUCAUCUACGAUCAGUUGGCAGUCUAAAACAGGAGACUGCCAAAAAAUCCAAAUUGCUGCAAACCAUCGAGCAGUUCCUGCGGUCGUACACUUACCCUUUAACCCCCCCGCGCAGUUUCAACCGCUACUCUGAUACUUCGCUUCGCGACGAUGGAGGUUCUUCCGCUCGCAACUCUCCCCUAUCGUUGGUUUCGGCUUCUGGCUCAGCAUCAGAUCUUGGCCAUGAUAUCCACUCACGUCAGGCUCGAAACAUGAACGAGCGACCUGCUGCGUACAUCGUUUCAGAAGGGAUGUUAGGUUAUAGACCACAUGUAGCAAAUGCACCACCGUUCUCUUCCUCUGUCAAAGAUGAUUCCAAUUCUGAUUCUCCAGCGGCGGUGGUUGAGAUGCUAUUACUGGGCCUCCUCGAUCCCGGUUAUCCUUCUUCGCCUUCGUCAGCCCCUAAUAAUGCAUCCAAGGUGUGGAUAGGCCAUCCUAAUGACGUCGUUAUAAAACCUGGUGGUGGUAGUGAUGGUGGUGGUGCCAGUGCUUUGCCUACUGCGGCAAACGUUCAGGAGGAGAUUGAGAUCAAGGUCGUUCGGCGAAAUUCCACAAUGACAGAUGGUUUGGAAGGACGUGAGGAGCAAGGGCGUAUACAGGACGAUUGGUCCAGGGGGUCUGAUUCUCGGACUGUUUAUACCGACUCGAGAAGGGUGUCUAUAGCCAUUUCGAGUUCGAAGCCAGAAGCGAGGUCCUCCGACUCGAGGGCUUCAGGAUCGCCUACUGCCUCGUCGGGUGGUGAAAACCCGAACACGAGGACGAGUACUACCAGCUACGAUGGCAUCGGAGGUCCUCCCCAGAAGGUGGCCGCGAGAACUAAGGACAAUCGGUUGAGUUUUACAGGUACAAUGAGGAGGAUGUCGAAUAGCUGGAAGGUGUGGAUUCGAAAACCGGUGGAUGUUACAUGA